CUGAUUGUGCUGUGUCCUGUGCCUUCCAAUGAUCCUGACUUUCUAAUAGUGAAUAGUGAUAUGUUUGAAUUAAGCCGAAAUGAGUCAGCAAAAUGUUGGGUUGGGUCGAGUAACUGGUCUGAUGUAAGAAGAAAAGCAAAGUACUGAUAGACAAUUUUUGGAUCCCAGUGUGCCGAUAAAAAUAACCUAUUUUGAAUAUUGAUGCUCACGAUCUCGCGACAGAAAAACAACUGCAACCAAGAUAUCAGUUUGUUGAACGUGAUUGUUAUUUGCGAAAAUUGUGACAUAAGAAAGGCUUGAAGUGUGAUAAAAAUAUCAAAUAAUUGUUCGAAGCCAGUGAAAAUUGUAGUGAUUGAAGUAAAUAGAAAGCAGCAAUCAUGGACGAGAGCAGCAGUGACGUUGUGUUAUAUAUUUACGACUUGACCCAGGGCAUGGCUGCGAUGAUGUCUCAAUCGAUGCUUGGACGUCACAUCGAAGGUAUUUGGCACACGGCAGUGGUCGUUUUCGGGCGAGAGCAUUUCUUCGGCUCAAAUGGCAUCACCAGCUGUAUACCGGGUACUACUGUGCUUGGUGAGCCACUUAAGAAGGAAAUAAUCGGACAGACCUUCAUACCGUUACCUGUGUUCACAGAUUAUGUCCGUGGAUUAGCGGAAAGUACCUUCAGAGGCUCCAAGUACAACCUAAUAAGACACAACUGUAACACCUUCAGCGAGGACCUGUGUCAGUUCCUGUGCGGGGUCGGUAUUCCCAAGUACAUUCUUGAUCUGCCCCAGGAGAUACUGUCACAGUUGGGCGGGGGUCUGCUAUCCCUAGUCGAGCGUCUGGGCUCGGUCGGAGAUCCAACUGGCGAUUUUCAGUACGAAUCCAAUUCCGUUGGUGGCAAUCGAGCACCCAGUCCCGGUCUCGAGCAGCUGAAUAAUCAAAUAGAACAAGCCCGGCAGCAGUCGCAGGAGCUGAACGAGCGACGAAACAAGAUUCGUGAUAAGAUCGACAAAAGUACCAAGAAAAAGGAGAAGAAAUCUAAGCGAGACUCAAAGAACUCGGCUGAUAGUGAUCAGAACUCGAACGGAAUGUCGGAAGGCGAAGCAGAAUCCCAGAAUGGCCUCAACGGCGUCAACGGUUCAAUCCCACCGGAAAUGCUCCCAUCAGAAAAGGUACUAAAGGAGGAAGAAGCGGAGCGACUUGCAGAGGAGGAGCGCAAAAAAAAUCGAGAACAACCAAUCAUUUUCAAGGAAGUUGACCCGAAAUUGGAGUUGGAAUGUUUGGUAAAUCUGGUUGACGGAAAGCUAUCGGAGGAAGAACAAAUAGCGGUGGACGAACUGCAUCAAUAUUUACUGCUUGGCGAAGGCGCCUGGGCACUGGGCGACGGGUUCCUAGUAUUCGUCGGACGCAUGUUUCGUGACAGUUCACUAUCGACAGAAGUUCGGGUGCAUUUACUCCGUGCUUUGGCGAAUGCGGCUCUUAAGGACGACAUCAUCCUGCUAUUGCAUCAGGACAGACGGGAGCACGUGUUGAUGAACUUUGCCCAAGACAUUGAUAAGCAUCCACCGGAAGAGCAACAGGCUAUGGCGCUUUUUAUGUGCAACCUUUUCGAAAACGACAACGCAUCUGAAUGGUUGUUGUACAUUUCGGAGUGGUCGUAUAACAACCAAACCACUUCAAAUAUUCGUGCUACAACCAAGGUGGCUGUCCACUGCUUACUGGCCACCUGUCCCCGACUGAAGGACAUCGGCACUGCGCUGGUCCAUAAUUUAGCAAGUAAGGAAGUCAAAACCGUAGUAUUUGACGACGUUGCCGUUGAGAUUUCGAUGGCUCUACUGCAGUUCUUCAACUCGGAACCCACCGAGGAGCACCUGUACCGAACUAUGAAGGCGUUGGCCAAAUUCACUCUAGUCUCGCCGGAUGUCCCUCAAUUCAUUCAAAUGAUUGGACCGCAUCCGAAGACUCUGCGGGGUAAGAGUGAUCGCAUCAACGAGUUGAUUGAUCAGAUUUCCAAAAAGGUUCGUUAGAUAUCAACCUACGAGGUAAAAUCAGCAAAAGUAAACGACAAACAGUUACAUCGUUUGAUCGUAUGUAUAACUUAUGUACAAAACCGUACUGAACCAAACAGCAAACCAAAAUAUCCCAUAUCCAACCCAUAUUAUCCUGGGUUGGAAGCAGUUGGAAAGAAUAUUGUUGGCAUUUUCUUUGCAAUUACCUUUCGAAUCAUUAUCAUGCCGUAACUUCCAAAACGAACCAUUUCAACUAGCGCAGUAACAGGGGAUAAACUUUUGUUAGUGGUGAAAGUGGUGAAUGUUAACGGUGGUUUACUGUUCACGCUUUCGAUUGGCUCGAACGCCAUUAUCAGAAGUUUAUCAUAAUAACUUUUUUCCUUCUCUUCCCUCUGAUAUGUUUUGCUAAACGAAUAUAGACGGACAUGUUUUUAAAAGCAAUGGUUUGGAUUUAACUUUAAGUAAUGCAUUAUACAUAUAA